AUGGAGUCAGACAGACCCCAUCGCACAAAAAGCAACAGCAGCAUUAGUGGCACUACAUCCACAACUACAAGCGAGCUCUUCAUUUGCUUCACUACUUCUCGCCUCUCUUCUUCAUCCAUGAAGCUCUCCUCCAAGUCCAUUCUCAGCCCAGGCCGAGCCAGAGAGCCUUCCCAAAUCUCCCUCUCCUCUUCUCUCAGCCGCAGGCUCAGAACCAGUGGAAGCAUCAAGGGUGGCCAAGCCUCCCCAAUGUUCCCUAGCAAUGGUGGCACUAGUAAAAAACGUGGGUGCGCUUUUGAAAACCCAGAACCCUCUUCCCCUAAGGUCACAUGUAUUGGUCAGGUCAGGGUCAAGACCAAGAAACAGGGCAAGAAAAUGAGGAUAAUUAGUAGAUCCAAGCGCAGCAGGGGAAGUGAGGCUAGUUUCAGAAAACCAGAGCAAAAUCAGCAGAGCACCAACAACACAGCUAGUCAAAGUCAAGAGCUUUACAAUCGAGACAACAGCAGCAACAACUUCCAAGGUUUGCACUUUCAAAAUCACCAGAUCAAUAAUAAUAAUCAACAGGAAUGCUUGAGGCACAGGAACCAGAGGUGGGUUCAUCUUCCUUUGACGAUUUGUGAAGCUUUGAGGGCUUUUGGGUCCGAGUUUAACUGCUUGAUUCCGAACCGGUCUUCUUGUUUGGCUAGUGAUGAUAAUAAUAACAAGGAGAAAGAAGAAAAUAAGGGAGUGACAUCAGAGAGUGGAGGGUCAUCUUGUGGUGCAGUCUUUGCGAGGUGGUUUGUUGCUUUGCAAGAUGGGGAUGGGAAAGGGAGAGAGAUUGAGUUGGUGGUGGGUGAAGAUCAAGAAAGAACAGAGAGAAGUACUAAUAGUAGCAGUGGCCAUAGCCAGAGGAGGCAAGUGUUUGAAGGUAUUGAGUUCAAUGAAGAGAGAUUGAAUGAGAGUGUAAUGGAGGAAGAAGAAGCAGGGAGAGUGAGUAUUUGUGUUCCUCCAAAGAAUGCUCUUUUGCUCAUGAGGUGUAGAUCUGAUCCAGUGAAAAUGGCUGCUCUUGCUAAUCGAUUUUGGGAGAUGCCUGCUGCUCCUCAAGAUGAAGAGGUUGAAGAUGAAGAGGAGAAAGAGGACAAGGGUCUUACAGAAAAAGCACAAGACUUUGUAGAAGAACAAGGUACUGAUGAAGUACUUGAGAAGGUGCAAAAUGGGUUGGAGACAGAGGUUGCUGAAGGGGAUGGUGUGUGUGAGAAAUGGGUUUGCGAUGGUGAAGAACAUGGAGACUUGGAAGAGGUAGAAAAAUUGGUUUUAGAAGAAAAGGAGGAUGAGAAAGAAGGUUUGGAUUCGAACCCAGAAAAAAGGCAGCAACUUUAUGAUGAAGUAGAAGAGAUUGAAGAGAAGGCUGAAUGCCAACAAGAAGCAGAAUUAGAGGAAGAAGAGGAACAAGAAUUGGAUGUAACCCAGCAAGCAUUGUCAGAAGAGUGUUGUGUACUUGAUGUUGUUGCAGAUCCAGAAAGGUUAGAACUUGAAGAAAAUGACCACGAAUGUGAAGCUACAGAACAAGAGCAAGAGCAACAAGAAGAAAAAGAAGAGGAAGCUAGAGAAGUAAAGCUUCCAAUACGUUCCAAUGAGUGUGUAAAGUCAGAAGAACUAGAAGAAGAGGAGGAAGAAGAAAAAACAGAGGCUGAAGUUGCAGACGAAUCAACAGAGGAAGAAACAGAGACAGUAACCCAAGAGAGGCCCGAACCCGUAUCCGAAAACCUGAAAAACCAAUUGGAUUCCGGGUCGACGCGGGCGGUUCAGAACCCCGUCUUACCGGACUGCCUACUGUUAAUGAUGUGCGAGCCUAAAUUGUCCAUGGAGGUGUCCAAGGAAACUUGGGUCUGCACCACGGACUUCAUCCGAUGCCUGCCGGAGCGACACGUCAAGAAAGUCGACGCUCCAGAUGAGGCCAAGAAGCGGGUCAGCAUCGACUCGAAUCCUGCUGCGGCGCCGGCGGCGCAGCCGGUCAUUCAGCCGCCGAGGUCGUCUUGUUCGUUCCCAGUUCAGGCAGGUCCGGUUUCGAUGGCCACGAUGAUAGGGGAGAAGCUGGUGGGGUCCACUGGUUACGAGCCGUUUGUGCUUACGCGCUGCAAGUCCGAGCCGAUGAGGUCGGCGGGUAAACUCGCGGCGGCGGAGACGUGUUUUUGGAAGAAUAGGAAGAUGGAGCCGCAUAGGCGGGCGGCGAUGGGAGUCGGCGCGGCUGGGGUCGGGUUCUGA